UCACAGCGAAGAAAUCCAACCAAACAAAAAAAUAUGGCGCGCCAAGUCGUUGUUCUUGCUUUGGUCUUAAUUGCCCUUGUCGGGCUGGUUUCCGCUGACACUCCUGCGUCUGCCAAUGCUACUCCUAAGAGCAGUAGUACUAAUGCAUCCUCCCCAAGCAGCCAGGGAGGCACCGAGGCCGCCGCCGCACUCGCCGAUGAUGAUGCCAUUGGGAACACUGAUGAAGCGGAUGCACCCUCUAAUAGUACUGGUGGAGAUGCUAGUCUUGCUGUUGAAGGCCCUAUUGGCAGUGAGGAUGCAGCUAACAGUGCUGCUGGCACUGCUCAGCCUCCUAGCAGUGGUGCAACCGCCCUUGGGUUCUCAGCAGUCGCUGGAGCUGCUGCUAUUGCUGGCUACUUCGUCUUCUAAAUUUAGUUCCACUUAAUGUUGCAGCAGCUUUUCUAGUUUUGGUCUGAGAAAAGCUGU